GGAUUCCUAAUAAAUUCCAAACCAGAGAAUGCAUGUGAGCCUAUAGCCCCACCUCCGCUGAAAGACAACUCGUCCAGUGCUUUUAUUGUGUUGAUUCGAAGGCUUGAGUGCAACUUUGAUAUCAAGGUCUUAAAUGCCCAGAGAGCUGGAUACAAGGCAGCUAUAGUUCACAAUGUUGAUUCUGAUGACCUCAUAAGCAUGGGAUCCAACGACAUUGAGGUUUUAAAGAAGAUUGACAUUCCUUCUGUCUUUAUUGGCGAGACAUCAGCUAAUUCUCUUAAAGAAGAAUUUACUUACGAAAAGGGUGGCCAUGUUGUGUUAAUCCCAGAGUUCAGUCUUCCUUUGGAGUACUACUUAAUCCCUUUCCUAAUAAUAGUAGGGAUCUGUCUUAUUCUCAUCGUCAUAUUUAUGAUCACAAAAUUUGUGCAAGACAGACACAGAGCAAGAAGGAAUCGGCUUAGGAAGGAUCAGCUUAAGAAAAUUCCUGUACAUAAAUUUAAGAAAGGAGAUGAAUACGACGUAUGUGCCAUUUGUCUGGAUGAGUAUGAGGAUGGAGACAAGCUGAGAAUCCUUCCAUGUUCUCAUGCGUAUCACUGCAAGUGUGUGGACCCAUGGCUGACAAAAACAAAAAAAACAUGUCCUGUAUGUAAGCAGAAAGUGGUCCCUUCUCAGGGGGACUCUGACUCUGAAACAGACAGUAGUCAAGAAGAGAAUGAAGUAUCUGAAAAUACUCCUUUGCUUAGACCAUUAGCCUCAGUUAGUACUCAGUCAUUCGGGGCUUUGUCAGAAUCUCAUUCCCAUCAGAACAUGACCGAGUCCUCAGAAUAUGAGGAAGAUGACAAUGACAAUAUUGAUAGCAGUGAUGCAGAAAAUGGAAUGAACGAAGAAAGCGUAGUGGUUCAGCUACAGCCCAAUGAUGAAAGGGAGUACAGAGUGGCAAAUACUGUUUGAGACUACUAACUAUGAAUAGUGUAUGAACAAAAGGGUUCUUAAGACUAUAGUUUACAAACCUUUAUGUAGGGAAUAUAUUUUAAUCUGUAAUCCAUUCAGUUUCUUCAGUAGGAGCAGCAGUUCAUGUAGUAUUCUAUGGUUAAAUUGUUACAGAUAGAUUUAUUUUUGAUUCAGGUAUUCAGUCACACAUUCUGUCUUCUCAAAAUGAACAGUUUAACUGGACUUCACAAUGCUAAUGAACAAUGUUAAUAGUUUAUAUCAAUAGAAAUAUCACACAGAUUCUAAAUGUAUCUUGUUGAAAUGGGAUUUAUCUGGAAGUAAUUUUUUUCAAUUUUGUAGCUACAACUGGGUCAUACUGAUAGCAAUAUUUAUUACAUGUAUGGUAUGUGUUACCUUUAAGCCCAACAGAAAAUGUAUUUGCAUGUUUGUAUAGAGUUUUCCUAAAAAAUGUCACCACUACUGAAAGAAAAAUGUAGAACAGAUCAAUAUUCUAUAUGCUGGUGUAUCAAAACAAAGCAGAAGAAAUUCCACUUUUAUCUCAAAGCAGCAAUUCCAAAUAAUCCUUUGGAAUUUGCCACAGUAGCCAAGUUUAAGCAGUUUCCAUCGAGCAAUUCCUAGGAUAAGGAAACUUACCAGUUUGAGUAGUUCACAAGGUAAGAUCUGGUCCACCACAAACACAUCAAUUAUCCCUACUUGCUACUACGUGUAGUCUGGUUUC